AUGGCGUCGAAAGCUCUUGGACCCUCAAAGGGGCCUCGGCAGGUCACCACACAGAAUCCCGGCUCCAAUUACCCCGGGCUCACUCCCACCAGCCCUGGCGGAGGUCCCAGAACCCAAUAUGUUGAUGCACAAAACGAGGAGAUCAUGGUCCUCCAGGCAAUCUACGGAGAGGACUAUGUUGAACACGAGGCCGCCAACUCUGCUUGGAUGCGGUCAGAUCCAUCCUUCGACAUUCGUGUCAAAGCCCUUUCAGAUGAAGACACCGCCGUCACCUUGGGUGUUGUGCUCACAGCAACGUACCCCAAAUCCGCACCCCUACUCAGCCUCAAGGAAGACGGUUCGUUGGAAGAAUCUACGGUGUUUAAGCUACAGAAGUUCAUCGAGACGAAACCGAAAGCCCUUGCUGCCCAAGAACAGCCAGAGCCCAUGAUUCAUGAACUCGCCCAAGGUUUGCAGGACAUUCUGGAAGAUGCUGCCCAAGCAAAAGCCCAAGGACUCGAGCUGCCCUCCCUGGAAGAAGAGCGAGCAGCCCAUGAGGCCCAAUUGGCCAAACAAGCUCAGGUUCUGCAACAGGAGGAGGAACGCAAAAAGCAAGACCUCCGGGAAGAGGAAGACCGAGCCAUGGAGAUACUCAUACAACAGGAAGUCGAGCGAAAGCGGCUGGUCCAACAGGAGAAGCGGAAACUGAAGCCUGGUCCGAUGGGAAACGGCUACUCAGGCACCUCCAGCGCCUUAGAGAUGGGCAAGAUCGCGUUCGACCAGGCUUGUGAAAUUAAGGAUCCAUCAGGCAAUGUUUUGUUUUUCAACACCGUCACGGGAAUGACACUGUUCCGAGAGGGACAGGUCGCAAAGACAUAUCGCGUUUGGCCCAGUGUCUCUGGAGGUGGGGCCUAUCCAAGUCUCGCUCUCAAGGAGUUUCGGCUACGUUCCACUUCGAAAGAGUCAAGUCAAUUCAAGAAGCAGUUGCAGGCUCUCGAAGAACAGCUAGAAUUAGUGAAGAAGUUCACACACCGCAACGUCCUCGAGCUCAUCAACUACCGCAUCGACCGCGAUCAUAGCGACCAGGAGUCGGCCUCGCUAGGCUGGGUUGCGCGACUUUUGACACCACUCGCAGAUAGGGGACCACUGGAGGAACUGCUAGAUAUGGCAGGGUAUCUCGAUGUCAGUAAGGUACGCUCGUGGACUGCAGAUCUCCUCAACGCAUUAGGUCAUCUACACAGCCACGGCAUCAUCCACCAAGACAUCCACCCUGGAAAUAUCCUUCUUUUCAGGGAAACUACAGGUGAUAUCAUUCCCAAGCUUUCGGACGUGGCAUAUCAACGAGAUAUGCAUGCGAUCUGCCGCAAAUCUCACUCUAUUUCCUCUGUCAACUCUGCGAGGUCAUCUUAUUGGCUACCUCCGGAGAUCGCUGGGAACUCGCGGCCUCAGUUCACACAGAAGACAGAUGUCUGGGACCUUGGCGUCGUUUUUCUGCAAAUGGUCUUUGGCCUGGAUGUCUUCCAAAGAUAUCAGUCCCCGACAGCUCUUAUGGAUUCACUAUCCUUAUCUGACCCCUGUCACGAGUUGGUAUCGAGAUUCUUCAAACCAGAUCCUAAGAAACGACCUCGAGCUUCCGAGCUUGGUUCCAGUGAAUUUCUCGCUACUGAUGCUCCGAUCAUCGUUGAGGAUUCCUUCACGGUGUUGUCUCCUUCUCAGUCACUGAAUUCUCUUCCACAAGCUUUCCCUCUUCGGCCAAGACACGACUCCGUCAGUCGUCCUCAAAUAUCCUCCAGGUAUCGGGAAGAUUUUGUUGAGGAGGGAAGAUUGGGAAAGGGAGGCUUUGGCGAAGUCGUGAAAGCCAGAAAGAAGCUUGACGGCCAGAUAUACGCCAUCAAGAAGAUAAUCCAACCGUCUCAAGCGAGUCUGACCGAGAUUCUGAAGGAAGUCAGACUGCUAUCUCAGCUAAGCCAUCCAGCGGUGGUGCGAUACUACAACACCUGGCUAGAGGAGAUACCUGAUUAUUCGGAUGCUGAAGGCGAUACCGCAACCGAAUAUUUCAACACCGGGGGUUCGAAAGGCGCGGCUUUUCAAGAGCUUGAUAUACAGUUCGCCACCAGUACCGGAGGCUUGGACUUCAUCUCUUCAGGCCAUCCCAACAUAGAGUUUGGCUACGACGACUCGGAAAGCGAGAACGAGGGCGAGGCGUACGAGAAUGGACAUGACGAUGAUGAUGAUGAUUUCGACACUGACUCCGAAGCCGAGGAUUCAGCUGCAGAUGAUGCCUUGGCUUCCAUUGCUUCGCCCAGGAGAAUUCACAGUUCCCAGAGGUUCUUCAGAACUGUCAUGUACAUCUCGAUGGAAUAUUGCGACAAAAGGACAUUACGCGAUCUGAUCCAAAGAAACCUUCGAAGAGAUACCGACGAGAUCUGGCGCUUGUUUCGUCAGAUACUUGAGGGCUUAGUUCACAUACACGGUCUCAACAUCGUACAUCGAGAUCUGAAGCCGGAAAAUGUCUUCAUCGGCGUCGGUCCUGAUGGGUUAAACAAUGUCAAAAUCGGCGAUUUCGGACUGGCAACCACUGGUCAUUUCGCGGUCGAUAAGCCUGACAACGCCAAUAUGGACUCGCCUGAUCUGACAAGGAGUGUCGGCACGUCUUAUUAUGUCGCCCCCGAGGUGCGAAGAGAAGGCGGCGGGUCCUAUACCUCGAAAGUCGAUAUGUACUCACUUGGCAUCAUAUUCUUCGAGAUGUGUUACCACCCAAUUGUGGGCAUGGAGAGAGCAGACAAGCUUGGAAAGUUGGGACUAUCAUCCAUACUUCCGGACGAUUUCCAGCCAGGUCAUACUGCUCAUCGGACCAUAGUGAUGUCUCUAGUCACGCAUGACGUGAAGGAGAGGCCGUCUAGCAUGGAGCUCUUGCAGAGUGGGAAGCUACCUAUCCAGAUGGAGGACGAAACGACACGCAGAGCCCUCGCAAGUCUCGGUGACACCAGUUCGCCAUACUAUCCCAAGGUCUUGUCGGUUUUGUUCUCUAAUCCAUUGGAGCCAACAAAGGAUUACGCCUGGGAUCUGUCUACUUCGAAUCCCACUUCUACCGAACUUCUCUGCCAGGGCAUAGUGAAGGAUGAGCUAAGGUCGGUCUUCCGCCGUCACGGUGCCGUCGAGGCUCCUAGGAGUUCCCUCUAUCCGCGCUCGUCCCACUACUCGGCAAGUCAGAAUAGUGUCAAGCUAUUGGAUCCGAACGGAGCUGUGCUUCAGCUUCCUUUUGAUCUCAUGCUCGGCAAUGCCAGGUUCCUUGCCAAAAUGGCCAAGGCGCCGGAAGUCCGUCGAUCUUUCGCGUUUGGGAGCGUAUACAGAGACAGAGGAAGCGGUGGACAUCCAUUGAUGAUAGGCGAAGUUGACUUUGACAUCGUUUCCGCAGACACCUUGGACCUGGCUUUGAAGGAGGCCGAAGUGAUCAAAGUAUUGGAUGAGAUCAUUGACAGUUUCCCCUCCACAUCGCAGAUGUGUUUUCAUCUCAGUCAUUCCGACCUAUUGCAGCUCGUUUUCGACUAUUGCAACGUCGAGUUGAGCGCAAGACAACCUGCGGCAGAGAUUCUGAGCAAGCUGAACAUUCAUUCCUGGACUUUUAACAAAAUCCGGGCUGAGCUUCGGUCCUUGAUUGGUAUAUCAGCUACGAGUAUCGAGGACUUGCGCCGGUUCGACUUCCGAGGUGAGUCCAUCUUCGGAAAACCUGCUGCUGUGUUAAACACUGACGGCUGUCUAGAAACCCCAGCAAAAGCAUUCUCGAAGCUCAAGACCUUGUUCGAAGGAACGCCCUCGUAUGAGAAGCUGCAAUCGACUCUUGCCCACCUCAAAGGCGUGAUUGAAUACACCAAACGUCUUGGUGUCCAUGCAAAGAUCUACAUCAGCCCAUUGAGCAGCAUCAAGGAGAACUUCUUUUCCGGUGGUAUCUUAUUCCAAUGCCUGUACGACAAGAAGUUUAGAGAUGUCUUUGCAGCCGGUGGCCGCUAUGAUAGUCUAAUCAGAGCCCAUCGGCCCCGAGGCGGUACCCAGGUCGAAGGACCCCAUGCUGUCGGCUUCAGCUUAGCUUGGGAGAAGCUGGCCCGCUUCCCCAAGCCUGGUGCGAAGGCUGCCUUUCUGAAGAAGCCGGACGACGAGCCGCAUGGCAUCUUCAGUGCGAAACGAUGUGACGUGCUUGUAGCGAGUUUCGACGCCCAGACCCUCCGCACCACCGGUAUAGAGAUCGUCUCAACCUUGUGGUCGCAUGAUAUCAGCGCCGAACUGGCCCGUGAUUCCCGUUCACCAGAGGAGCUCACAGCCAGAAACCGCGAUGAAUCCUACUCCUGGAUCAUAAUCAUCAAGCAGGAUACCCUCAAAAUCAGGACGAUGGACCGCAAGGACAUCCCAGAUGCGGAGGUAUCAGUAACGCAGCUGCUACCCUGGCUGCGAGCCGCAUUACGCGACCGAGGUUCUCGUCUUCAUGUUUCUCCGCGACACGCCGAAACCAGCAGCAGCUCGGCGUCCGCCCCCCCUGGUGGGAGCGUUACCGUCAACCCCCAACAAGAAGUGCGUGUGCUGGUGGCUGGCACCAAGUCGAAGAAGUUCAACCGCCACACCGUUAUUGACCAAGCCCAAGCUAAUGCCGCGGGCUUGGUAUCGGGCUUUCUAGACGGCCCCAUAGCUGCUGUGGAGACCUCGGACGUCGUCCUCGACUUGAUACAAGGUACUGCCUUGUCGGAGGCCGAGAGCUGGCGCAAGGCCGAGCAGUCGGUGGAUAAGAAUGAGAGAAAAUACAUGCGUGAAAUCCACGACAUGUUGGCGACCUGGAGAUCGGCGUGUGAGGAAAAGGGUGGCAGUCGACACGCCUUCGUCUACAACUUCAGAACGACGAAGUGUAUUUACUACGAUCUCGCCGCAUAG